UUAGCACAACGAAAUGGAAAUGAAACGAAACAUUCGUAGACAACAGGCACGGAGACAAAAAUAAAGAUUCCUGAAUUGGAGGAUCUCGCAGAAACUAUCGACCAGGAGAAAAGAUGGUGUCCUAAAAAUGGAAUGUCAAACCAUGAAUGUCCACCAGUUAAUCUUAAUCUCCUGAGUUCGGCCUUUGCCACUUUCUCUCAUCCUUUGUCUUUCUCCCAUCUCCCAGUUUUCAACACUAAUUCUCCAACCACCUCCAAUCCUCUCUGCUUGCUCCUCUGGUGCAUCCAUCGCCCUUCACAUUAUCCGUUCUCGCCAUGGAAACUCACAUUACGUCGCCGUAGUCCCCGAACCCACCUGGAAGCUACAACUCCUCUUUCUUGCGUAAUAAGUUUCCCCGAGACUCGGAGGCAUAUAUUGCAAGAGAAACAUCCACAGGAUAUGGCUCUUGAAGCCAAGGAGGUCCUGGCAUGUAUUUGCAGAAUCCUUUCGUUAUCUGCGAGGGCCGGUUAUGCAUUCGCCCAAGAGCGGCCGCUUGGUUCCCUAAUAGCCUCAUUCUUCCUCCUCCUGUAUCUGUUUUUCCCAUUUGUCUUCAAGCUUCUCGUGUUUAGUAUCCCCAUAGCUUUCUCUGCCGUCACUCUUGUUCGAGUUCUUUCCAGGGAUGGAACUGGAAGUCCCCGAAACCCAAAUGCCAGCAAAGACGAGAAAGCGAGCCAUGCUGUCCCACCUGUAAAGCCAAACUCCAGCAAGGAAGGCACUGCCGGUACGACUCGCCAAUACCAGAAGCCUGUGAUACAAGCACAAAUGAGCAAACGUCGUAACUUCAAGACAAAAAGGGAAGAUCCGGAUGCUGAAGGUGGCGGCGGCGGCGGUGUUAAGGAGGUGAAACACGUGACUUUUUCGACAACUUGCAAUCAUAGUCUGAUUGGCGGAGACAGAAAGGACCAGGAGAAUGACCCUAGUUUACAUUUUGGUUGUUCCUUGGAUAAAGGUGAGAGCUCCAGUUCUCAUGAAUCAGAUAGAGGAGAUUUACAACACGUGAAUGAGCACUCGCUAAACUCAGAGUCAGGAGAUCCGAAGCCUGAAAUUGAAGUUUCUAAGGAUGACAAGGGUGGCGUUACGGGCCAGUUAGAGGCGGAUAUCAUGGAAGAAGCAGAAGACGAAGAUGAAGAAGAGGCACAAGAGGAUGGGAACAAGGCUGUGGAGUGGACAGAGGACGAUCAGAAGAAUCUCAUGGACCUUGGCCUGUCUGAGCUAGAAAGGAACCGGAGAUUGGAGAACCUAAUUGCAAAGCGAAGGGCGAGGAAAUUGAUGGGGGCAAAAGUCCUGGAUAAUUUACUUGACUUGGACAUCGGUCCUGCGGGUUAUAUUCUGCCCGUUCAGAUUUUGAAGAAUCCUUUUGAUCCCCCUAAUUGCUCGGAUCAGGCUAUAGACUCGCCGAUACCCGGCUCAGCUCCUUCAGUUCUGUUGCCUGUACGCAACCCUUUUGACCUUCCUUAUGACCCUCAAGAGGAGAAGCCGAAUCUCACAGUGGACGGUUUCCAAAGCGAGUUCUUCACGAAUCAGCCUAAGGACAUCUUCUGUAGGCACGAGAGCUUCUUCUUGGGGCACUCUUUCUCAGAUCAAGAUCUCAGGAAUGCGGAUCCUUGUUCUGUCACAGAGAACAGGGCUCUGAGAGAGCCGCGAUUCUCCAGAUUCAGGAGGUUCUCAGCUAAGGGAGAUCAUGACAAAUUAGUGGAACAGAUUCUGUACCGCAGAGACUAUGGCACCGUCUCUAGCCAAGCUGAACAUGAAACUAAACCUGAAAAUGACAAUGGUUGGGGAGGAGGUCUUGAAGAUAAGCAGGAAGGCGCUGAGGAUAUCAAGCUGAAGGUGUUUAAAGACGAAAACCACGCAAAAUCAGAUUCUAUUGAUGAAGGAGGAGGUGACCAGAGCUCCCUAUCAACAUCGGACGAUGAUGGACAGGCAACAAGUGGGGAUGGGAAUGAAGUUCUGAUCAGUUCGGAAUUUCCCGAUACGGCAGGCGUCUCUGUGCACAAAACCUCUGAAUAUUCAGUACCUAAUGGCAUAGCAACGGAUGGAGAUUUGUCUAGUCCACUUGCUAUGGACAAUCUAGAGAAUCGGACGGGCCAUUCCUCCACAUACUCCAUAGCUUCCGACAUGCAAGUGGAGGUCUCCGAAUCCGGCUCCCCCCGAAACAUAGAUUACGCUACUUCGCCUCCUGAGCUCGAGUGCUCCACUAAUUCUGAAGAAGUCGAAAAGGAGGUUACUCCGGGUAGUGAAGAAAUAUGGGGAGCCUUGUCCCACCUAACCGGAGUAGAGGAAGAAGAAUCAAAAGGCGACAUAAAUAAUGUCAAAGCAAACAAGAACUCGAAGGAUCCAUUUGGAUCAUCUAUUUCCCUUGUAGAAUUGUGUAAAGAAGAUUCAGCCGACGGUGUUUUCACGACCACGUGCCCGAAAGUCACAAUACCAACACAAGAUCCAGAUAUAUCGGAUUCUUAUGAUAAUACAAUGGGGUCUGAUCAUGCACCAGAAGCUAAAGACCUAGAAUCAACACCACUGGCGCAUAAUUUGGUUCCCCAUCAAGCUGAAGAUUCAGCUGACGGAGUUUUUACGGCCACAUGCCUGAAAGUCACCGUACCGACAGAAGGUCCAGAUAUAUCGAAUUCUGAUGAUAGCAACCAUACAAUGGGGUCUGAUCAUCCACCAGAAGCUAAAGACCUGGAAUCAACACCACCGGCACAUAAUUUGGUGCCCCAUCAAGCUGAAGAGACACAAUCCCAGAAGGAAGAGGAAUCAGUGAAUCCUCUUGAGAAGUCUACUGGAGAAGCCAAUGGCGCACAACGGGAUAUAGAUGCCAGUGAAAGCAGAAAGGAAAAAGUAGAGACGUCGGAAACCUGUGGAGAAAGUUAAAAGUAUUCUCUUCAGGACCAAGACCUCUAAGUUUAGCAAGUGCAAAGGUACAUGGGUGAAAGCAUGAGGAACAAAAUCACAGCACCAACACAAGUAUGAAAAAUUUUGUGGGCUCAGUUGAACGGCGCUUCACCAUCCUUCUCAAUGCAGGUCAAGAUCGGCCAAUGCUGAAGGCAUCUCCCAACCGACCAAAAUGGGUUCUGGGGGACAUGAAAUGGCCGAUCACCCAAUAGAACUCCAAUGUUCUUAGAGCGGUCAUUUAAUUGAUUCUCUAUUUCCUCAUGGAGUUAGAAGUGCAACGGUAUCUGAAGUUCCCAGCACCGUGUGCUAGGCGUAGUGCUGAGAGAUUAGUUAGAGCAGGGAAAGAACAAGAUAAACAAAUACAAGAUGUUGCUUAUCCAGAAGUACUAAUAAGAAAAUUUCGAAGGCAUCAGCCUGUAUAAACAGCUGCGAUGUUCUUUUCAUCAACAUGGUGAAGCUCACGGAACUAAUUUCUGGUCAAUCUGUGUAAAUGUAUAAUAGAGUCCUUUUAUAUG